ACAAAUUCCACUAGCAGUGUGUCUCGCAGUGCGCGCUGCCUCUUGUGCGUAACUGGCGACACAAGGCUUUAACAAACAAAAACUACAGCACUGCGCACGGGAAAGACCGAGAGAUAACAGAAACAAAAUGUUGCUAAUGCUCCUGGAACGUUAGCCUAACAUGGAGACUUACUUAUCUGGUUUCCGGACUUUAUAGUGGCAACAACUUACUGGUUACGUUGUGGCCACGGAGCGAGCUGGGCUUGUGUCGCCAACAUUUUGCGGACCCUCUAUGGAACUGAAGAUGAGAGCAGCUCGCCAGGACGCAAUGGGCCCUCGGGUAUUUUACCAAUGUGCUCUAUAUCUGUUCACUGAUCACACAACCUAACGCACAGCGCGUCUCCACUGAUUACAUUCUCUAGGACUAAUGACUUGAUCAACAUUUGAAUGCUUCCAAGUUAAGUGUUUUGGGGCGGAAAGGCACACACUAAAAAUUAACCAAGAGAAGAUGCGUUCAGGAUGGAUGUAGCCAAGUUUACCACCGUUACCAAUACCUCGCAGGAUACCAACACCUCGAGCGCCCCAAGACCUCUCCCGCAAACGGAGGUGGGCUCCGCGCUCAUAAUCCUUGUGGUCACCGUGAUCAUUCUGGUCACCAUCGUCGGUAACGCGCUGGUCAUCGUGGCCGUGCUCACCAGCCGGGCUCUCCGCGCCCCCCAGAACCUUUUCCUGGUGUCCCUGGCGUGCGCAGACAUCCUCGUGGCGACACUGGUCAUCCCGUUCUCCCUUGCCAAUGAGGUCAUGGGUUACUGGUACUUUGGGAGCACCUGGUGCGCCUUUUAUCUGGCACUGGACGUCCUCUUCUGCACCUCCUCCAUAGUCCACCUGUGCGCCAUCAGUCUGGACCGCUACUGGUCAGUCACCAAGGCCGUGAGCUACAACCUGAAGCGGACCCCCAAGCGAAUCAAGUCCAUGAUAGCCGUGGUGUGGGUCAUCUCCGCCGUCAUCUCCUUCCCACCUCUCAUCAUGACCAAGCACAACGAGCAUGAGUGUCUGUUAAACAACGAGACCUGGUACAUCCUAUCUUCUUGCCUCGUGUCCUUCUUCGCCCCGGGCCUCAUCAUGAUCCUGGUGUACUGUAAAAUAUAUAAAGUGGCCAAGCAGCGCUCCUCCACCGUGUUCGUGGCUAAGACCGGCCUGGAGAGGCAGCCCUCUCAGUCCGAGACGUGCUUCGUGAGGAAGGAGCGGAUGGAGAUGGAGAGCCCCAGUAGCCAGAGCUCCGAGGACCACCACAGGCAGGAGGAGCUGGAUUAUAUCGACUUGGAGGAGAGCUGCUGUGCGUCGGACAACAAACCACGGAACCACCGCUUCUCCAAGCGUAGGAAGGUGGAGGUCUCGGACUGCUGCCCGCCACAGAGCUGCCGUCUCUCCUGGGCCUCAGCGCGCGCCUCGCAGCUUUUCCAAGACCCCCAAAACGCUACCAACGCGACCCUGGUGGCCCAGCGACAUCACCUCGCGGCACAUCGGCAUCACCUCGUGGCGGCUGCGUCCAAGACUAAAGUGGCCCAGAUGCGCGAGAAGCGCUUCACGUUCGUGCUGGCCGUGGUGAUGGGGGUGUUCGUGCUCUGCUGGUUCCCUUUCUUUUUCACAUACAGCCUGCACGCAAUCUGUAGGGAGAGCUGCUACAUACCCGGCGCGCUCUUCAACGCCUUCUUCUGGAUUGGCUACUGUAACAGCUCAGUGAACCCUAUGAUAUAUACCAUUUUCAACAGGGAUUUCCGUAAAGCGUUUAAGAAAAUCGUAUGCCGGACUUCAAAACGCACUAAUACCACUUGAAAAGAAGGGUCACUUUGAAGCUGACUGACUGACUGUGCGUCACUGCUCAUCGAAACAGACGUCAGUUCUUCACCCAAGCACGCAUCCCUGCACCUCUGAAUGACUAUAUUCGUUCCAAAAGGAACGUUUUUAUUUAAUAAUAAUAAUAAUAUGAUAUCAAAAUAUCUCGUGUUGUGCGCUAAUGUGUGAAUAUUAUAAACAAUGUACAGAGGAAAUAGGAUAUAUCAAACAAAAGCUAAAUAGAGUAUUGUCAUUGAUGAUUUAAUUUGGCUCUAUUGACCCCUGCUUUCAAAGUUAGGAAUUCGUUUAAUAUUCAGUGAGGUAACUCAUAUAUUUAGGCCACAGCAUAAUUCCAGGGCCUUUUUACGACCCGUUCUUUUCUGUACUUUCAUUAAUCUUGUAUGUCCCAUAAAGAUAAGAAAAAAAUCUAGUUCAGAGUAAAAGUGAAGUCAUAACCCAGAUUUCGAGGCUGAUGGAGCUGUGUGUGUGGCACUGAGAGGUUUAGUUUUUUUAAAUUUUAUAUUCAUCAAACUGUCAUCAAUAAGACAUGAGAGAGACUGAGUUGACAUACAUUUUUUUUAACUUUGACUUUUUCAAAGAAUCUCAAAACGCAUAAAAAGUCCAAUAACAAAACAAAAAGUUGAAAUUAUAGAAAUUGAAAGUGUCCGUCGGCUUCGGAUGAAGUUGAGGCAGUUUGGGCUGGAAAGGCAUUGUAGGCUGAGUGUACAGUAGGUUCACACUGUACACGGUUGUAGCAUCUACUUAGGCAUUUCUGUCAUGAGUAGCCAAACUAGUUAGGAAUGGCUGCAAUUGCUUGGUCGAGUUUAAUAGAGAUGUGUCAAAAUGUAAUUAACUUUGAGUCGUGUUUAAUCCAUUAUCUAAAACGGUAUCCGAUUAUGACUGAUGUCAGGUGAGUUGAUGACGCAGAUCUCUUUGAGUGGGCUUCGGGUCUCCCUCAUCGCUGAACCCCCAAAUGCAUGCGCUGUUGUCCGUGGUGCUGAAACGCCGCGCACUACGCCGAUGGCACUAUGCUGUGACGCGAAUGCGUGACAUGGCAUAUUCAAUGGUUUGCAAAACCAUAUAUGAACUGUUAUCAAUCAGAAAAAUAUAGUGAUAUGGGAAUAUAUCUCAUGAUAUCGUGCCUCAUUUAAACACUAUGUAAGCAGAUAGAUCGAUCAUGCUUGGCAGUUUUGCUAAAAUGAAUAUUUCCUCAUAAGUGAUGAGAAUGAAGAUUGGGAGAAAUUGCCUAUGGCAUGAGCCACCUUAAUAGCAUAAACACAAUCUAAUAUGAUUUAUGCUGCAAUUAUUUUAAUCUUCAGCCAAAGAAGAAGCUAUUGGCCAGAAGAUUAAAAACAGACCUUGAAAUCAUUACUCAGACAUUAUUGAGUGGGCUCCAUGUUUUAACCUUUGGAAAUAGAAAACUUGUGUCACUACAAAUGUGUCACUA